AUGCAAACCAUCAAAUGCGUUGUUGUGGGUGAUGGCGCCGUCGGAAAAACUUGUCUUUUGAUAUCUUACACUACGAACAAAUUUCCCUCGGAAUACGUGCCAACGGUUUUCGAUAAUUAUGCUGUUACAGUAAUGAUUGGUGAUGAGCCUUAUACUUUGGGACUUUUCGAUACGGCAGGGCAAGAGGAUUACGAUCGUCUUCGUCCAUUAUCGUACCCACAGACGGAUGUAUUCCUCGUUUGUUUCUCGGUAACUUCACCCGCAUCAUUCGAAAACGUCAAGGAAAAGUGGUUUCCCGAAGUACAUCAUCACUGUCCGGGCGUGCCUUGCUUGAUUGUAGGAACCCAGAUUGAUUUACGCGAGGAUCCGGCUGUGAUCGAAAAAUUGGCCCGCCAGAAACAGAGACCCAUCAGUUUUGAUGCUGGUGAACGUCUUGCAAGAGAAUUAGGUGCGGUCAAGUACGUCGAAUGUUCGGCUCUCACUCAAAAGGGUCUCAAGAACGUGUUUGAUGAAGCCAUCGUGGCAGCAUUGGAACCCCCAGUCAAGAAGAAGUCCAAAAAGUGCUCGAUUUUGUAA